AUGUCUACAUACGAAGACCAAGACAGUAUGGUUCAUACCGGAGAGUGUAUUUGCAAAGGUGUAGGGUUCACCGUUAAAGGUCUCCCAGAGGAUGUGUUCUGCUGCUAUUGCCGUGACUGUGCGAUUGGAGCCGGAGGACCCUGUCAAAUAACCGCAAGCUAUGCUUCGUCCAACGUUACCAUUCGCGAUCCGGACGCGCUCCUCACCUGCUACACGAUCACAAACGGGACUAUAAGUGGCCAUGCGAAGGAAAAGCAUUUCUGCAAGCGGUGUGGGUGCACAGUAUUCACGAUUCCUUUCAGCCUGGGACGCCAAUACGUCGUUAUAAGACCGGUGCUCAUCGAAAACGGCCUCGAAAUCUAUCAACCCGGGCUGGAAGUUUUCGUAAAGCGACGUCCAAGCUACUUUGCAGGGUGCCAGUCAGCCCAGCAGUACGACAUAAUGCCGACAGAGACUGGGAGCUCGGAUACAAAGGAAUAA